CGUUCAUCCGACUCCUCGCGUGCGACGAAACACGAGUUUGCGGACAAUGAGCGAGUCGUCGACGUCCGCGGCCACAGCCAUAGCCGCGCCGUCGCAACCGCUUCAGGUUAUACUGUCGUCGGGCACACCGACCCACUCGGCGGCCAAUAAAAAUCAAGCAAUAAUUGUGCGGCCGAUCUAUAAGCGCGACAUUUUCUACUCGGGCUCCACACUCACCCUUCCGCCCAACUCAUCGCUCCAACAAAUCGCGGAGUCCCAGGGCAUCAUCAGCGCCAACAUGGGUCAGAGUGUGGUCUCCAUCCCCGCCAGAGAUAUCAUUAACAAAGUUCAGCAACAAUUGGCGCAAAUGGAGACGGAGGGCAAGGAUCCCGCGGACGCCACCGACCAAAAAGAGCCCAAUCUGUGCGCGAAAUUGCUCUCGUUUUUGGGCUUAAAACACGAAAACAAAGACAUAAAUGAGUCGGAGUUACCCGAAAAGAGGGGCUGUUUUCGGUUCAAAAUCCCGCCGUCGAUGAAGAGUAUCCUCAAAGAGAUGCUCGACUUCUCGCUGGUGAGGGAAAGCUCGGCCUUCACGCUACUGUCGGUGUCCAACAUGUUUGGGAUGAUGGGCUUCUACGUGCCCUUUGUAUACAUCACUCAAUUCGCUGUCACUCAAGUCAGAGACGGCGAGGAACUGGUGAAGGCUGACAGCGCCGCUCUACUAAUUUCAGUGAUUGGUAUUUCCAAUACAAUCGGUCGGCUCUGCUUUGGCGUUAUUAGUGAUAUAAUCAACAGAAACGGAACCAUUGCUGGCAUUCGCAUAACACCCCUCACUAUCAAUAAUGUCUGUCUAUUUCUGUGCGGAAUAUCCGUCAUUACGAUCCCGUAUUGUCUCACUUAUACAUCAGUAUUAGUAGCGACGGCUUAUAUUUGCUUGACAUCAAUAAUCUUGGUCGACUUACUAGGAAUCGAUAGAUUGACAAACGCUUUCGGUCUGCUCAGUCUGUUCAGAGGAGUUGCCUCUAUGUUAGGGCCACCCAUUGCUGGU